GAAACAGAGAUUAAUUAUGAAGAUCAAAUAAGUAAAAUUGUUGUGGAGAAACAGGAACUUGAAUGGCAGAAGGAAACUCUGCAGCAUCAGACGGACACAUUGCACCAACAAAACAAAGAAGCUAUGGCAGUUUUCAAAAAACAGUUACAGGCAAAGAUGUUUGCCAUGGAAGAAGAAAAGGGAAGUUACCAACUUGCUGUGGAAGCAAAAGAAAAGGAAAUUGAUGGACUGAAAGAAGCAUUAAAAGCAUUACAGAUUUCAAAAUACACUUUACAAAAGAAACUGAGUGACAUGGAUCAAAAAUUACAGAUGCACUUAACAGCAAAAGAGGAGCAUCACAAGAAACUGAACGAAGUUGAGAGGUGUUACGCUACUAUUGCAUGUCAGUUUGGAAUUGUAAAAGGUGUUCAUGGAAAGCUAGAGCACAGUGUACAGGAAGCGAUACAGCUCAAUAAGAAACUAACAUCAGUGAAUAAACGACAAGAGACCGAAAUAAGUAAUCUGAAGGAAGAACUGAAGAAAGUGACUACAGACUUGAUAAGGUCCAAGGUCACAUCUCAGUACAGGGUGGGAGAAGAAAACAUCAAUCUUGCAGCAAAGGAAAAACAGUUUCAAGAACUGCAACAAAAAAUCAGAAUGGAGACAGCAGUUAGUAAAAAAGUUCAAGAAGAAAACACUCACAUUAAAGAAGAAAAGCUGGAAAUUCUCAGCUCUCUACAAUGUGUGCAGGAGCUGCUUCAGCGAAUAACCCAAACGAAUGUUAGAAUGGAAAGUGAAUUAAAUGCACUGAAAGAAGAAUAUCAGACCCUUGAAAGAGAUAAUGAGCUGCAAAGGGAGAAGGCAAAGGAAAAUGAAGAAAAGUUCCUUAAUCUUCAGAAUGAGCAUGAGAAAGCACUAAGAACUUGGAAAAAAGAUGAGGAAAAAAUGAGAAGAGAAAUAGACAUUAUUAAAAAUGAGCUGAAUUCCCUUAAAGGUGUUCAUAGACAUCCUGAAGAUUAUCAUCCUCAGGGAAAUCAUCAUUCUGAGCAAGUGGAAAAUCUGCAGAGUAGUCACGAACACUCCAAAGACAGUGAAAUACAAGCUACUCAGAAGGAAAAGGAGUGUAUGCAAUCUACAAUAACAAAAGACAGUAAUUUUGGACAUGAAGAAACUGAAGUAAAAAACACAAUGGACAACUCUUUAAGCAUUGAGGAAUUACAGAUAGAACAGAAUUUACAAGUUCUUGAAAACAGUUUUAAGGAUGAAAUUAAUGUUGCUAGCCCUUAUGAAGAAAAGCAAAGGGAGGCUUCUCCCAGGAAUACCCUCUGCACAGAUACUGAUUUAAUUACCCAAGGACAGACCUCAGAAAUACAUGUCAUUGAGUGCAAAGAAGCAGAAAAUCUAGGAGCAACGUGUAGAAUGUUACUUGAUGAAAACAAUGCAAAUUUAGAACAAAAGCUACAGGACAGCACUGAGCCAGUGGCAGCAUGCCAGACACAAACAGGAAAGGUCUUUUUAGACAGUACUGACACUGUAGGUGCCUACAAGAAAAAUGGAAGUCAGGAGACCGACUUUAGCAAGCGAGAAUUGUGCAAUACUACAGAUGAAUCAAUUUCUACUAAGGCAGAUAAAAAAUCAAAUACCAUACAACACAACAGUAGUGUCCUUACACCUGAAGCACCCCAAACUGACUCUAAAGCAGUUCUUUGCACUGAGAAGAAUGCUGUGUGUGAGAGAAGUACAGAUAAUAAUCAAGCUAAGGAAUUAAGUUUUCGCAUCCUAUCUUAUGUUGAAGAAAAUUCUCAAGCAGAACACCAAAAAUGUAGCUUGCUGGACAGUGACAAUUAUGUAGGCAAUGGAUUACAUAAAACAGAAAAAAACUUGCUAAAUCUGAGUGGCUUACAUAGAGAUAAACUUCCUUUUAAACAGACGCACGUAGAUGCUGAAGACAGAAAUUAUGAUGACAAUGCCAGAAACAUAAACAGAAAUGGUGCACUGAGGAGUUCUGAUGUUCUGGCAACUGAUGCUCAAAAUCUACUGACCAUUUAUUGUGAUAAUGCAAGCGGUGAUGAUGCCACAAAAGAACACAGUGAUAAUAUGUCUGUCUUAGGUACUUUCAAUAUAUGCCCCCCCAAAAUAGAAAGAGGAGUAAAUAUGGAUGACUUGCACAGCAAGCAACCUGAACAAGACAGUAUGGAACAAACAGGAAAUGCUACAAAUACAUGUACUUUGAACACUGAAGCCAUAUCUCCAGACGCUGAUGGUCUUCAAAUAACUGCUCAUAAAAAAAACCCAACAGAUAGAAUUAGUACAGAUAAACUAAUUCCAUGUGAAAAAGUUAAUAAUGAUAUUCAGAUACACUUCAUAAAAAAUGGACAUUCCCUGGAGAUUAAUAAUUCAACAAAUAACAUGUUGUUAAAAGAGAAAAAAGACUCACUGAAUAGUACAGUUCCAGGAAGGAAGUUUGCUGAGGGUCACCUGAAAGAAUCAUGCUCUUUACCCAUGAGAACAUCUGGAAAUUUAGUAAACAUAAGUGGAAGGUCAUCCUUUGAUCUUUCAACCUCAGAUAAAAAAGCUGAGAAAAUGCCAGUAUACUUAAAUUUUUUAGACCUCAGUUCUUGUUCAAGAGUAAAUCAAAUGAGAGGUCACGCUACAUGGACUUCAGCUUCCAAGGAACCUUCCCUUUUGAAAGAGAAACUACCAUGCUUGGUGGAAAACAUAAAGGUUAUUUCAAAAACAGAGUGUCAGAAUCUCAGUGAAAAUGUUGACAGAAGAGAAACAGGACUAGGUUCUACCAGUUUUAACAGAGCUGCCGACACUUUGAAUACCUCUAGUAUCCACCGAGACCUCCAGGGAGACCCUAGUGAAGAAUGGAAUGCUAUAGCAAAGACUUUUUAUGAUUCUUCUUUUCCCACAGAACAUGUGAAAGAAGGAUUUACUGCUUUACAGCACGAGCAGAAGUCUUCUCCCAUGACUGUAACUCCAGCAAGUGGUGAAAGCACACUCAGAGAUGAGGACAGCUGUUCUAUUCGUAACUCCAUUAUACAAAAACAAAUAGAAGAAAUUGAGAAAUUCCUGAAUUUCGAGAGACUUCAUUCAGGAAGAAAACGAAAAUAUGAAGGCGGACAGUGA